AUAAUCCUUCUUCUAAUGAUUUACAUAAUCUGGUUACACAGGAAAGGCGCUGUAGGGAAACAAAGGGAGAAUGAAGAUGAAAGAGUUGUUUACGACGUAAGUUACAUCAAAGAAAUUGAGGCCUUGUGUUGCCGGAAAUUGUCUUUUCGUUUUACUUCUUCUCUAUAGGAAAAUAAACACUUGCAAUAAAUAGAAAAAGAGGAGGGACUUAAAAAUACUUACAAACGCAUUUUGCACUGGUGGCAGAUACAAUGAAAUAGGGGAAGAAGCUGGACUCGAUAGAGUCUUUGCUCUGGAAUCAGGUCCUUUACCAAGCCACUCGAUAAGUCUGUCCUCGAUUUUUCCUGGCUCAUUUCAUAGAUGGCUGACAACUCUGUAGAUAUUUGCUCUCUAAAUAAUUAUUCUUCGCACUCUUUUUGUCGUCUUAUUUUUUCAAAGCCAUAUUUUCUGAGCAGUGGGAAGGGAGCUGAGUCCGUCAAACAUUUUUCCUCCUGUGUAUUAUUCAAAGAAAUGCAAAUACAAACAGACGAUUCCAUGCUGCAAUUAGUAGCUUCGGCGAAUAUGCCACUCCAGUGGACAUGAUAGUUUUGAUGGCAGAGAACAAACUUUAGCCGGGGCUUGAUUACAGGGUGGUGAAGUACCCCAGCUAGGUGAGGUAACCUGCCAAACCGUGGUCGAAAAAUAGCACGUGUUUACAUACAACCUUACAAUGCCGUCGGCAUUCCGGGUGAGGUUUCUCGAGGCUGUUGUCGCGAUUGCAGUUAGGGAGUUUAAAAUGUCACUACGGCGAUGUGUGGUAAAACGUUGCCGAAAAAACGGAGUUUUUCUUCCCCUCUAAGAUUUUUGCUAGUAGCUCGAUGCGUCAACCGUUUCUAAUUGUACAAUGCCGUCACUUCGGUAUAACAGGUAAAUGUAGUGUUGAGAUCAAAGUAAAACGUGACUUAAAUGCUGUCGAGGAUUCCGUGCUGAGAAGACCAGGCAACCCGCCUAGGUGGGUCACCCCACCUAUUAUGUAGACGCGAUGAAGAUAAAUUAAGAGAUUAUAUCGACAGGAGAGUUACGUCAACAACCUGGUUUUCCCACCUCCAUCUAAAAAGGCCCUAAGUAUUCUUUUUGCAAUAAUAAAAGACAAGAGGAUAUAAACUGUUUAUCUAAAUAAUGGAAGUGGCGAAAGGUUUUUUAUUUUGUAGCCAGGUAUGACUUUUUACUGAGAUUGAUCACAGAUUUAUCUGUGAUUACGUUAACGGGUAUGUUGGUUUAAUAGACUGCAAUAGGAUUAAAAGAUAUCAUACCAAGUCAGCUCGAUUCAGGAAAACUCGCACAACCUCCUGCAAAAUAUAUGGAUCUCAAAGAAGUCAGCAAAGAUAAAAGAAAGGCAAAAAGUGCCGCUCCAGGAGCUGAUUACGCACCUCUUCAUCCAUUAACACGCUCUUGGGAAGUUCCAAGACAUAACGUGACCGUAGAAAAAAUCAUUGGUAAAGGUGCUUUUGGUCAGGUUGCCAAGGGAACAGCAGUGGGACUUCGUGGGAGGCCGGAAACGACCACAGUGGCUAUUAAGAUGCUUAAAUCUAACGCUGCUGAAUCAGAAAAGGGAGAUUUGAUAAAAGAACUUGAAACAAUGAAGCAGUUGAAACCACAUCCUUACGUCGUUAAACUUCUCGGUUGUGUUACGGAGUCUGAGCCUCUGCUGGUUUUGAUUGAAUAUGUGCCUUUUGGGGAUCUGCUGGGUUACCUAAGAAAGAGCCGCGGAUUAAAAGACACAUACUACAAAGAUCCAAAUAUCAAACCACAAACAAAUCUCACGUCACAGCAGCUAAUGAAGUUUGCCUGGCAAAUCGCAGAUGGAAUGAGUUAUUUGUCCUCAGAAUCUAUCAUCCAUCGAGACCUCGCAGCGCGUAAUGUGUUGGUUGGACAAAAGGAAACGUGCAAAGUAACAGACUUUGGAAUGGCCAGAGAUGUGCAUGAGGAAAAUAUUUAUGAACGAAAGACUAAGGGCCGUCUUCCCGUGAAGUGGACUGCUUAUGAGGCCUUGUUGUACGGAAAGUAUACCACCAAAAGUGAUGUAUGGAGUUAUCGAGUUGUGCUUUACGAGAUUUUCACCAUAGCUGGAAGUAGGACGGACAAGCAUUCCUUCAGGACAUUAGCUGGAACUGGAUCUAGAUCACAUGACUUUAUCUUGGAAGAACAAACAAGACUGAAUAGCUGCUCCUCAGUGACCACUGUAAAGCAUGAUAGUGAACAACUCGCAGGAGGUGACGGUUCCAUAAAAACAGAUGUAGAUUCACAGACGCCAGUAAGAGAGUUUAAGGAAGAUCGAAGGCUGACUAUUUUCUCACAGAAAAAGUCAACAAACGAAUUUGCUAGCGCGAGAUCCGAAGAAGAUGAAGGAUAG